CCUGGAUGCAGCAAGCAACCUCGAACCGUCACCAACCCGCACCAUUUCUGAUUGCAGCUGUUGAGCUCUCUCUUCACCCCCACACUAUCGCGCAAACUCAUCCCCAUCGCUCCCUCGCCACAGCCUCUUGCUCGCCUUCGUCAGACUUCAAUACAGCUCACGAAUUCCCAACCGCCAAAAUGUCGACGGAUCUUUGCCCUGCCUAUGCGCCUUUCUUUGGUGCCAUGGGCUGCACAGCAGCCAUCGUCUUCACCUGCCUCGGUGCCUCGUAUGGCACUGCCAAGUCAGGUGUUGGUAUUGCCGCCAUGGGUGUCCUUCGGCCGGAUCUCAUCGUGAAGAACAUUGUUCCCGUCAUUAUGGCUGGUAUCAUUGGUAUCUACGGUCUCGUCGUCUCGGUCCUGAUAUCCGACGGCCUCAAGCAGCAGGGCUAUGCUCUCUACACAGGUUUCAUUCAGCUCGGCGCUGGCCUUUCUGUCGGUCUCGCUGGUCUCGCUGCUGGUUUCGCGAUCGGUAUUGUCGGUGACGCUGGUGUGCGCGGUACGGCUCAACAGCCAAGACUGUUCGUCGGCAUGAUCCUGAUUCUCAUUUUCGCCGAAGUCUUGGGUCUGUACGGCCUGAUUGUUGCACUACUUAUGAACUCCAAGGCCGUCCUAGGCACCUCUUGCGCUUAAGUCGAGUUGUCUGUCUCUUUGUCACCGAAGGGUAUGGGUGGACAAGCUGUAACUUCCAACACAAUCCAUACUCAGAACGUGGAUCCAAAACUCGGGUUGCCGGCUCCCCCCAUGCCCCUUUCAUAUAGUCUUAUCGCUACACAACGGCGAAGUAUUUGAGUUGGCAUGGCGGGUGCGGGCAACGUUAUCACUUACUGGCGGGAGGUUGUCAAGCAAGCGGCGCAUGUCGUGGAUUAGGCGGUUAAUGGCUUCGUAGAAACGUCACAUGUACUAUUGUCAUAUUAUGGUUGCUCAUUACUUGCGGGGCUGGCUUCUCUCAUCAUAGACGGAUGAUGGAUUAAAGAUUGUAGUCUAGGUUGGCAAUCGAACUUUUAUGUCGUG